AUGGAGGCGGGGGACUUCGUCGGAGGAUAUUACGGAGGCGCAGCAGCCGUUUAUUUCUCGCCCGAGAAAAGGAUGUCCGCCCACCAAAAGCUCGCUGAGAAUUUCACCGUCGACGACCUCCUCGACUUCUCCACUAAAGACUCCAUUAUCAGCGACGGCCUCUUCGACAAUGUCGCCGGCAAUUCCACCUAUUCCUCCACCGUCACCAGAAAUUCCUCAGUUUCCGGAGGCGAUAACCACUUAUCUUCCGCCAUAUUCCCACACUCGUCUCCGUUCUCCAGCGAACUCUGCGACCCGUAUGAUGAAUUGGCGGAACUUGAAUGGCUCUCAAAUUUCGUUGAUGGCUUAUUCUCGACAGACCAGAAUAUAGAGAGCAACCUCCAAAAUUUCGCCAUGUCAAAAUCAUCCACACCCGAAUCCUCCUCUUCAUCAACCCGACCCGAUUCCUCACUCUGGAGCCCAACCAACCCAAUUUUCCAACACGACACUUCGCUCCCGGGGAAGGCCCGCUCUAAGCGUUCGCGGGCCGCACCUUGCGCUUGGUCAACCCGACUCCUCCACCUCACCCCGAAAUCCACGGGCCAGAAGAAAAGAGAGAAGAUGAACGCCAAUUCGGAGUCGUCGGGUCGAAAAUGUUUGCAUUGUGCGGCGGAGAAGACUCCGCAGUGGAGGACCGGACCGAUGGGUCCGAAAACGCUUUGUAAUGCGUGUGGGGUGAGGUACAAGUCUGGUCGGUUGGUACCCGAAUACCGACCCGCUGCGAGUCCGACAUUCGUGUCGACGAAGCAUUCAAAUUCGCAUAGGAAAGUUUUGGAGCUUAGGAGGCAACAGGAGUUGCAAAGAGCACAGCAUCAACAGUUUCUUAGUCAAACUUCGAUUUUCGGCAUAUCCAACGGUAGUGGUGUUAAUGAUUUCUUGAUCCAUCCUCAUGUUUGGUUCCAAUUUUAGGCACAUGAUUUAGUUAGAAUUUGAAUGAAAGGAGAGG